UUCCCAGCAGGGGAGGCGGGAAAAACAGCGAAAGCCUCGCCCACCGCCCUCCCCCAGCUUCGCCACUCCCAGGCUCCUCCGGACUCCACUCAUCCUUCUGGGAUUGUCUCGGAGGGGACACGCCGCGCAGACGCCAUGGAAGUGGUGCUGCUCUUCCUGUGUGGCCUGCUGGCCCCAGCGGUCCUGGCCAGUGCCGCUGAGCAGGAGAAAGAAAAGGACCCUUUUCAUUAUGACUACCAGACCCUGAGAAUUGGGGGACUGGUGUUUGCCGUGGUCCUCUUCUCGGUGGGGAUCCUGCUUAUCCUCAGUCGCCGAUGCAAGUGCAGUUUCAAUCAGAAGCCGCGCCACGGAGCCCCAGAAAGCAGAGAACUGAAGUGCAGCCCCCAGGUCUCAGGUGGAAGCCCCAAGGAGAACGAGGACCCAUUCUACUACGACUACGAGACCGUCCGCAAUGGGGGCCUGAUCUUCGCCGCCCUGGCCUUCAUCGUGGGGCUCGUCAUCAUCCUCAGCAAAAGAUUCCGCUGCGGGGCCAAGAAGCAGCACCGGCAAAUUCCUGAAGAUGGGCUCUGA